AGGCGGCCAUGGACAUUCCCGGCAUCCCCUAUGAGCGACGGCUUCUCAUCAUGGCGGACCCUAGAGAUAAGGCGCUCCAGGACUACCGCAAGAAGCUGCUGGAGCACAAGGAGAUCGACGGCCGUCUGAAGGAGUUAAGGGAACAAUUAAAAGAACUUACCAAGCAGUAUGAAAAGUCUGAAAAUGAUCUGAAGGCCCUACAAAGUGUUGGGCAGAUUGUGGGUGAAGUGCUUAAACAAUUAACUGAAGAAAAAUUUAUUGUUAAAGCUACAAAUGGACCAAGAUAUGUUGUGGGUUGUCGCCGACAGCUUGACAAAAGUAAGCUCAAGCCAGGAACAAGAGUUGCUUUGGAUAUGACUACACUAACUAUCAUGCGAUACUUGCCGAGAGAAGUGGACCCGUUGGUUUAUAACAUGUCUCAUGAGGACCCUGGGAAUGUGUCUUAUUCUGAGAUCGGAGGGCUGUCAGAGCAGAUUCGAGAACUAAGAGAGGUAAUAGAAUUACCUCUCACAAACCCAGAAUUAUUCCAGCGUGUGGGAAUUAUACCUCCAAAAGGCUGUUUGUUAUAUGGACCGCCAGGCACAGGAAAAACACUCUUGGCACGAGCUGUUGCUAGCCAGCUGGACUGCAAUUUCUUAAAGGUUGUUUCUAGUUCUAUUGUAGACAAGUACAUUGGUGAAAGUGCUCGUUUGAUUAGAGAAAUGUUUAAUUAUGCAAGAGACCAUCAGCCAUGUAUCAUUUUUAUGGAUGAAAUCGAUGCUAUUGGUGGUCGUCGGUUUUCUGAGGGCACUUCAGCUGACAGAGAAAUUCAGAGAACUUUAAUGGAGUUACUGAAUCAGAUGGAUGGAUUUGAUACUCUGCAUAGAGUUAAAAUGAUCAUGGCUACAAACAGACCAGAUACACUGGAUCCUGCACUGCUGCGUCCAGGGAGAUUAGAUAGAAAAAUACAUAUUGAUUUACCAAAUGAGCAAGCAAGAUUAGAUAUACUGAAAAUCCAUGCAGGUCCCAUUACGAAGCAUGGUGAAAUAGAUUAUGAGGCAAUUGUGAAACUUUCAGAUGGCUUUAAUGGAGCAGACCUGAGAAAUGUUUGCACUGAAGCAGGUAUGUUUGCAAUUCGUGCUGAUCAUGAUUUUGUAGUUCAGGAAGACUUCAUGAAAGCAGUCAGAAAAGUGGCUGAUUCUAAGAAGCUAGAGUCGAAAUUGGACUAUAAACCUGUGUAAUUUACCAAAAGGUUUUUAAUGGCUGCAUGACAGACACUGACUUAAUGUACAAAUAAAGUU